UUACCAUAUCAUGAUGGCGGUAGCCUGGACUAUUUUGAAUUCCGUCCCGCUUUUCGAAGUUUACCUUCGGUGUUGUCUUUAAAAUGUCUUAUUAUUCUGGUUAUAACACAAGAUAAAGCGAGCCUAUAUCAUGGAUUCCGUCGUAGGGGCCGAUUUGACGCUCCCCGUGGACAUCAACGGAAGCUGCCGACUGCCAGACUCCUUAGAUGCGGGAGAAUUUUCCUCAGACAGUAUGACAGCUCCAUCCUUCCCUGACAAGAUGUCCCCAAUCAAAGCUCUCACCAUGAAGGACUAUGAGAAUCAAAUCACAGCUCUGAAGAAAGAGAACUUUAACCUGAAGCUGCGCAUCUACUUCAUGGAGGAGCGCAUGCAGCAGAAAUGUGACGACUCCACUGAGGACAUUUUCAAAACGAACAUUGAGCUGAAGGUAGAGUUGGAGUCUAUGAAGAGAGACCUAGCUGAGAAACAAGAGCUGCUCGUGUCUGCAUCGAAAGCGUUGGAGAGUCUGGCUGGUCGGGAAUCAGGAGAACCCCAGCGUAUGAGAGAGCAAGCGCAGAGAGACAUGGAUGCACUUCGAGAAGCAUUUCACAAGAGGAUAGCUGACCUAGAACAGUGUCUGCGAACGGCAGAGGAAGAGGUUGACAAGAUGGCAGCCAUCGCUGAGCAGGAAAAGUUAAAGAAUAUAAACAUGGAGAAGCAGAUUCAAGCCCUGGGUCCAACAAGCACCUUUACCCCUGUCCCCCACCCAGUUCAGGACCUGCAGCAGGCCCUGCAGGAAAAAGACAAUAUAAUUGAACAACUGAAGAUCACUUUAAAGAACCAGGAAGCUGAGAUUCAUCAGAAGAAAAGUGCAGACAGGGAGACAGAUGCACCAUCAACUGACUCUAUAAAACAACUAUCUGAUGCCAUUGCCAAGAAAGAUCAGGAGUUAGAGGCACUGAGGGACGAGUUACACAGAGGGAAGGACAGAACAACACCAGACCAUCAGAAGCAGAAUGAGGUUAGCCGAUUGGAGUCCUGCAAUAAGCUGCUGACCGAAGAGCUUGCCCAGACGAAAAGCACCAAUGCGAACCUGAGUAAAACACUGGAGGAUACUGAGAAUCAAAUAAAGAUGCUGUUAGUGAAGCUGGAGGAGAAGGAGAAUGAACUCAACUCUGAAAAGAAAAAUGGACUAAAGCGAGACAAAACUAUCCAGGGGCUUACACAGGUCUUCAAGGAAAAGGAAACAGAGAUCGCAGAGCUGUGUCAUGAGAUCGAGGACCGGGAUGACGCUUUGGCCAAGGCCAGAGAGGCAGCACAUAAAGCCCAACUGCAGAAAUACCAGGGAGCAGAGGAGCACCAAAAUCUGUUAAUGGCAAAGCAAACGGAGCUAGCCCAACUCCAGGGGGAACACCAUGUGAAAGUGCUUGAAGCCCAAAAGCUACAGCGCGGCCUGGAGAGGAAGGAGCAAGAGCUGGCUGAUUUACAGCAAGCAAAGGAUCAGCUAGAGGUAGAACUAGAGGACCUACAACAGCAGAAGAAGAAGGGAGACAAGGCCCUGAAUGAUCUAAACAAUCAGCUCAAAAAGCUGAGUGGUGAGAUAGGGGACAGGGAGAGCACUCUGGAGCAGCAGUACCAGGAGCUGCUGGAUCAAACCAAAAGAAAAGUGCAAGCCCAUGAGGUCACCAUCCAGCGGCUCACAACCACACUGGCAGAUAAAGAGCAGCAGCUACAGGAGUACAUAAACAUGGUCAGAGACUUUGAGCAAAGCAAAAGUCCAGGAGGAAACGAUAAUGUGCUAUCCAAGCUGCGGCAAAGGCUGAAAGAAAAGGAGAAAGCCCUGGAGGAAGCGCUGGAUGAGAAGUUUGCUGCCAUUGAGGAGAAAGACAAUGAGAUACACCAGCUGCAGCUGUCUCUAAGAGAGAAGGAGAGAGACCUGGACAGGCUCAAUAACUUGCUCUCUCACAACGACGAAACCCUAAAUAGUUUUGACAGUCUGAUUAAAGAGAAGGAUGUGGAGCUGCAGCAUCUUGCAAAUACUCUAAAGAACCUGCAGAGAGCCAAGCAAGAUGUAGAAGAUAACUUGAACAGAUCACUGAGGGAGAAGGACUCCAUCAUCAGCCAGCUACAGCUCUCACUGGAGCGCAAGACAAAGGAUAUGGAGGAAAUGGCCGAAUCAAUUCUGAGCCAGUCACAGACUCAUGAACGUGACCUCGCUGAACAGAUGGGUCAGAGGUUAAAGGUCGCAGAGGCUAUGUUGGCUGAGGCUAUGAAGGCCAGGGAAAGGCUGGUGGCAGACAAUGACAGCGCUGUGGAAGGACUGCUGGCUACAAUCAGCAGCAAAGACCAGCUAAUUAAGGAGUCUGCAGAGCAUUACAACCGCAUGCUGUCUGAGCGCACCCAAGAGAUUCAGGAACUGAGGAGGCAGCUGUCUGACAGGCAGCAGCAGCUCGCCACCGCUGAGAAGCAAAGCUCUACAACGGCCCAGGAGGGUUAUUUAGAGACUGCAGAGCUCAAAACCCUGCUUGCUGAAAAAGACAGUCUCAUCAAUAAGCUUCUGCAACGUGGUCAGGAGAGGGACCAGUUUCUGGCAGAGAUGAGGCAGAAGGAGGGGUCGGAUCAUGUGUUGGAGCUCAGACAAACUAUCCAGAUCAUGCAGGAGAAGUUGGACGAGAGGGAAGCUGAGCUGUCCAGGAGGAAUAGUGAGGAUACUGUGGAGAACGUUUCCUUCUCCAAGAAGACAGUCGUUGUCCUGAAGAAGGAGCUAGCACAGAAAACCGAGGCACUGAAUAAAGCACUGAAGAGGGAAAAUGAACUGAAGAUUUCCCUGGCAGAGCUGCAGUCAUUGCUAUCUGAGCUGGAGGGUCGCAAUGAAGGUCAGGCUGCUAAUAUCGAGUCCCUGACUGCCACUCUGAAAACCAAGGAUGAGAUUAUCGAUGUUCUCCACCAGCGCCUCGGUCAGAGAGGGGAUAGUCGGGCUGAUCACACCCAGGAUCAGGUCAUCGGCUCUGCCAUGGAGAGGUCACUCCCAGGACUCCCGCAGAGGGAGAGAACCAUGAUCGGUGGAGAUAGCCAGCAAGAAACGUUGCCUAACCUAAUAGCCUUGCAACAGGAGCAUGAUGCUCUGAACAAAGCACUGAGAGCCGAACAGCAGCUCUACUCCAGCCUGGUCAGGACUGUAAAGGAGCAGGACAGCGCCCAGCGUCUCCACGCACUGCAGCUGGAGCUGACAGCAGUGCAGCUCCUCAGGCAGCAGCUGGAGGAGAGUAUCAAAACUAAUGAGGAGCUGAGGGACGACUUGGAGAGGGAGAUACACAGAGCCAAACUCAGAGAAGGUAUGGACCUGAUUGAUCCUAAAGAGUUGGAGAGCAUGAGACAUCAGCUUGAAGAUGCACAGCGCUGGAACACGUCCCUGCAGGCUCGUUUAGGAGCCAUCCAGAACCGUGGGGGAGGGGUUGGUGGCGCCACUGAUGGCGAAACUUUGAGUUUCAUUGGAGAUCAGACUUCCUACAUGAGUAUCUGUGUGGGAGAGGGACAGGAUGACAGCUUGUCUCUACUCUCAGCACAAGAGCUCAGGCAGAAGGUGCUGGAGCUGCAGGAUUGUGUGAGCAGACUGCAGACCAUAAACAACGAGCUGCAGAACCGCCUGUCGCUAUUGGAGAAGUCGGACCAUGACGCUUACAACAAAGAAGACAAAGAUGUGUCUAGCAGAAGCCACUUGAAACAGCAGCUUGAGAAGACACAUGAGAUGCGGCCUGUGGCUCACAGCAGCAGGACGCAUCACUCUGGUCAGGAUAAAGAGACUCAGACAGACAUCAAACUAGGACAGAUGGUGUCUGGAAAGCUGUUGGGUGAUAUGAGUUUGGACAGUGGCCUUGGUCAGAGUAGAGAACAUGCUCAGUCUGACAACGACACCUUGGACACAGGAAAUUCCAAGCAGUGGAACACAGAUACAAAGGCACUUAAAUCCCUGCUGACUCAUUGUGGAGCCACAUCAGUCUCACACCUAAGAGACGAGCUGCUCAGACUUCGAUCAGAAAACGUGAAACUGCGGGGUCUCCUGAAAGAACAGAAAUCUAGUGAGUGUAAAGAGAAAGAGAGCACAGACGCCUCAGGGAACAGCAGUGAUGGACAGGCUGAAUUGAGAAGGAGUCUGGAAGCACUGCAGGCCGAGUCAAAAGCUCACCCCAAGGUCACCAGUCCGUUGAAGGAAAAGGGAGAGAAGAGCUCUGACGAGGUGUCGGAUGGGAAGUCUCCUGUCACCACUGAACUAAUUGUCAGCACCACAGGGGGGAUGGAGAGUCCACAAACUAAAGGCCAGUCACACAGCAGGAGUGUAAAGCAGCAUGUCGCAAGGCAUGGGGCUGGUGUCAAAUCUCGCCUCCCCAUCCCUGUGAGGCUCCGAGUGGAGGCUGGCAGCAGCAGGCAGUCUGUGAACUCUGACCAUUUCAAAACUGAUGCACUUCUGCACCUUCAUUUGGAUGGUGUAUAUGAGUCGGACCAGCAACUGCAUGCAGACUCUGACUCCCCCAUGUCACCCCAGCACAGCACUUCCCCAUCUUCCAUGCUCAGAUAUGCACAUCAUACUGGCAGUCCAGUAGGGUCAGAAAAAGGCUCUGAAGCUGGAACAGCGUUGGAUCACGACCGGCCCGACUCUGCGCUUUUCACUCAGCUGGAGCUUCUCCACCAGGAGUGUCAGGAGAAAGAGGCCCUGAUCAACAAGCUAAGUGAGCAGCUAGCUGAUUGGGAAGAGCUCCACGCUCAGCUCCGGGAAAAGGAGCGGCUCAAUCGCCAGUACGUGGAGGCCUUACAGGCUGCAGAAUCCACCAUCGCUUACCUGACUGCCUGCAGUCUAGACAGUCAGGGAGGAUUUGGGUCGCACACCAGUCAGUGCACAGGUUCUGGCUCUGUGGUUUCAGAUUCUGCCCUUUUCAUCCGAUGCAUAGAGCUGCAAAAAGCCCUACAGUGGAAGGAGGAGCUCAACAACGAGCUUGUAGAGCUUCUGAACAUGGCAGAGAAAACCAUCGCCUCCAUUGAGAGCCAGGACAGAAAUCCAGAAAUCAGUGAUUUAUAUUUGAAGAUAGAGUCGGCCUUGCAGCAGGUGAACGCAUCUUCAAAUCAGCAGAGCCCAAGAGGUGUUUUUGGAGGCACAGACGACUCCAUGCAGGAGUUGCAACGUCACACAGACUCUUUGCAGGAAGCAUUGUGGCACCAGAAUAGACUCAAUGCAGAGCUGCAGGAAAAACUUAAUGAAAAGGAGUCAAAGGAACAUCAACUGGGAAUGGGAGCUUCUGAUAAUGUCAGUUCAAAUCAGGCGAUGAUCAAAGUUCUGAUGAAUUGCCUUAGUGCAGCAGAGUCUGCUGUUUCCUCUCUGGCUGUGCACUGUUCAAAUACCAGCUCCUUGGCUUCUGGUAGAUCAUCACAGAUCAGCCCUGACCUGCAGAUACAUUUGGAGAAACUUCAGAGAGCCCUGCAAGAGAGGAAGGAACUGGGAGAACCCACCCAGCCAACCACCAAAUCCACCAGCAAUCAGUCUGCAGCUUCACCUGGAACAAAGGGACAGCUCCACCAAGAGCUCCAUAACAACCUCUGCCGCCUCUACAAGGCCUUCUGCGAUCAGUAUCAGAGACUCUCUGAACUGCAAGCUGCACUACAGGGGGAUAGGGGCUGCAGAGAGGAGACGGAGAUACACAGGACAGUGCAGGAUGUCAAGGGAUUACCACCGAGUGUUCAGGUCCAACUGGAGACUCUCCAUAAGGCACUGAGAGAAAAGAAGAAGGCAUGUAAAAGCCUGGAGGAGAAACUGGCCACUGCUCUUACCUCCCCUGAAACUGCACGCAGAGCUCUGGAGCAGGAUGACAAAGGCGUGCAGGUGGAUUUGCAGGACCUGGGUUACGAAACCAGUGGCAAGAGUGAGAACGAUAGGGAAGAGAGCAGUAGCACAGAUCUAGAGGUUGGUGUGAACCCUAGCUGCAGCGCCUCUAGCCUGCCUUCCCAACACGAGCAGGCCACCUUCUCCUCCACUGAAAACCUGGACUCAACCUCCAGCACCCCGUACCCUAGCUCCCCAGCUCUCAGCUCGGCCAAGGUCAGUUUGAAAAGCCUGCAGGUCUAUGAUGAGUACGGUGUUUCAAAGGACCCUCUGCAGCUUCAGGGACAAGUCAGAGAGCUCAAGGUCCAGCUGGAAACCCAGACCAAACUUAUCCUCCAAAUGCAAAGUCUUCUGCAUAGAAGCUCUCUCUCCAGUGACCUUGUUGCCAACAGCUCUGAUGCCUCAGCUUUAAGGGAUCAAGAAGGGACACAGCAAGGAGACCAGAGUCAAGAUAGGAGCUACAGAAAUGGGCAGCUAAGGGAGAAAAAGGAGGGGGAGAACCAGGCGAUGAAGGAUAAAACCAGCCGCCUGAACAUGGAAGCGGAGAGGACGCUGAACAGAAGCACGAAUGAACAGCUGCAGCAGAGCCGCAGCCGCUCCGCGUCACCUGCAAGACUGGACUCCCUGGUGCAGUCUCAGGCCAGGGAGCUGUCACAACUGAGGCAGCAGAUCAAGGAGAGCCGCAGGCUGGGAGCCCUGCAGCGUCGGCAGCUGGAUGAGCUGAGCAAGGCCUUCAAGGAGCUGCUGCAGGCCGGUGAAGUCGACUACUACAAGGGGGAGGCGGUCAAAGAGCAGCUGGAGAAGAGCCUGAGCAUCCUGGAGAGGCUGGAGGGACGGCUGGACAAAGGAGAGUCUCGUCUGGAUAAUGAGGAAGUGGGGGCCCUGGAACUGUCUCGCAGGUUGGCGAAAGAGCUACAGGAGAAGAACCGUCUGAUCCAGAGUCUGCAGAGCCAGAUCAGAGGCCAAAGUCCCAGCAGCCACCACAGCUCUCACUCUGAACUGUACCACUCAGACAGGACCUCCUCCUCCUGCCACAGCAGCCCGACCACACAAAGUGGCAAUCGAGCUCACAGCCAGCGACACCCCUCUGAUUGGACAGGAGCAGCUGUCCCUCCUGUAGGAGGAGCUCAGGAGGACGGUGUAUCUGUUCACAGGGAUGCUGCCAGCAGACUGCAGGGCCUGCAGAGGGAGAACAAGCGACUGCAGGAUCAGCUGAGGGGCAGCGAGGAGCUCAACACCACCCUGCGCACUGAACUGGACCUACAUCGAUCAAUUAUGGCUCAGACCAGCUCCCACCAUCAGGAACAAGAUCACGACCACGACCAGGAGGGAUCAGGGCCUCAGACGGAUACACCUAAACCAGAUGGAGUCAUUGACUCACAGAAGAACGCUGCUGAACAGCCUCGCACAAUGAAUUCAGACUUGCUGGCAGAACAUCUGCAGGAGAUCCGAGCGUUGCGACAGCGACUGGAGGAGAGCAUCCGCACCAACGACCGUCUCCGGGAGCAGCUGGAGAAGAGACUAGCGGAGGUGGAGAAAGACCCAGCAGCCACCAACAUCUUCAUCCACGGCAACGAGGAGCAGAGUCAGCUGGCCAAUGAGGUGCGGUUCCUCUGGGGACAAAACCAAGCCCUGAAGGAACAGCUCAGCCUGGGCUCUCGAGACAAGCAGAAGGAGAACGAGAAGCUACGGGAGACUCUGGCCAGGCGGACGGCCAAACUGGAGCAGAGCAGACGGGAGUGUGAAGCUCUGAGGCAAGAAAACAACCGACUGCAGGAGAGGCUGGAGCACUGCAGCCAAGAAAACUCCCAGCUACAGGAGACACUGCACUACAGCAAGGAGGAGCUGCACAGGUUUCAGUGUGAGGUGAAGCUCCAAAGGCAGCAGCUGUCGGACUCCCAGCAUCUUCUGCAGUCACUGCGGGUGGAGCUGCAAGUUUAUGAAAAGAUCAAGACCGAAGCUCACAAACACAACGAAUCCAGUGAGGUGACCCUGGAGCCUGUCUCCGCCCCGUCCUCCGGCUCAGUGGACCUGAGCGAGCUGCUGGUGGAGAUCCGACACCUGCGACUGCAGCUGGAGAGGAGCAUCCAGACCAACACGGCACUGCGGCAGAAACUGGAGGAGCAGCUGCUCCGAGGACCCAACCGCCCUGAAACCAUCAACAUUAACUACCUGCUGUCCUCUCCAGAUGAAGGAGGCAGGUCACCGGGUCGUGAAGGCUGCGAUCUUCUCCGUCACAACGAACACAUCAGUGUCUUUCAUGAUGAGAAACGUCGUCCUCACUCAGAGAUGGACGGUGGGUCAUUUAGCAGCAGCUCUGGCGAAAGUGUCACUCCCUCUCGUUUGGUGCCGGGACACCGGAUGUGGGCCAAUCGCAAUGGCCGCCAUAUUUUGGGUCUGAUUGAGGACUAUAACGCCCUCCGAAAACAAAUCUCAGAGGGGCGUAAGCUGUCGCGCAGCAUGGAGGCACAACUGCAGGAGAACCUGCACACGCUCAAACAGCAGGGCUCUGACAACAAGGUGAUGGAACAGCAGCACCUGAAGAGUUUAUCCGGCAGCGUGAACACCAUGCAGCACGUGUUAGAGGAGGCUGGUCGACUGCUCAAACUGGUGUGGAGAGUCUCUCUGCCAGCCGGUCUCACAGCAGGGGACGGCAGCAACAACCAGCAGGAUGAGCUGCUGAAAAAUGAAAUAGCCAGACUGAAGAGCAGGCUGUCGCAGCAGGAGAGGAUGCUGAGCGGAGCCGUUAAACGCCUUCGAUCAACCAACCAGCUCAAAGAGGGAAUGGAAAGAGUCAUCAUCGAUCAGUUGUAUCUAACCCACGGAGUGUUGAAGAAAGCCAGGGGAAACUUAGAGACAAAUUACUGCACCCUCUUUGGCCUGAAAGGCCCGUCUGGAGGACCAGACGAAGGAGGUCCCAGUCAAUGGCCAGUAGGGGGCACUGCAGACCUUCAACCUGAGCAGAUGAGCGGAAGACGACCUGCAGACAAAUGCUCGGAAUCCUCAGAGGAUCGCAACAGUGACGGCUCGUUACACUGCAGCUACUAAACCUGCUGUUUCAAAGCCCUGCACUGCUUUAAACAUUGUAGCUACCUAGUUCAUCGGGCCGUAUCCUGCCUUCCUGUCCUGCUGUAAAACUCUCAGCCUUUUUGUACUUUAAUUGCACAUUACCUGCCUAUAAUUUGAUUUAUUUUCGGUACUGAAGUUGUAAAAGUUUCUUUCUUUUAAAAGAAAAAGCCUUUGUAAAUAAUACUCACUGCAAGUUAAAAUAUUUUUCCCCUUUAUCAUUUUUUAUAAUGCAUAUAAGAACAUGAAAGUGUAUUUUAUUACUGACUCAUAAUUUUUACCUUUUUGUUUUAAAUCGGUCAGUUCAUGUAUAGGAUGGUUCAGUUGUUUGUUGAAUGGAUUAUGUGCAAAUGCAGUAAAGAAAAGAAUUUAAUGAAACCCAA